AUCCCAGUGCUAUACCAUAACAUUAUUACUAUAGUCUAUAACACACCAAUGUAUUUGUCUUUUUAAAUGCUUAGGUAGUGUUUAGUGUCUGUGCAAAACACCCGUUCCCUUUGCUAAACACUUACAUUAUCUAACUUUAAACUAUAUUUACAAUUAGUGUCCACUUUAGCCAUGAUUUGGUUGUUAUAAAUGAUUUAAUAUUAUUAUAUACAUUGUGUGUCCAUAAAACUGAUGUAAUGAUUGAAUACAAUUUGAGUCAAUGUAUUGCAAUCAUUGACUUAACACUCACUAUAUGUUUGUUCACAAAAUAAUUGUUUUUUUGUGUGUUUUAUUAGUUUCUGAGGUUUGGUUUGCCAUAGGGUCAUCACUGAAAUUCAAUUGACUGACGAUUGCAGUGACGACUUAAACAAGAGUUUGUCAUUGAUUUUGAUGGCCAUCUCAUCCCAGCAUUGAUUGAAGUGAUAAUUGAAAGCAUAAGAAAAAAUAGUGAAAACAAUGAAUUCAAAUAUUAUUGAUUUGAUGACACAAAUUGGUCUCCGAUUUGAACCCAAAAUUAGUCAUUUGAUUAGUUGAUCGCAAGAUUUAACGUUAUAUUGCAAUCAAAAUUAAGAGAUAGUUAAUAGUAAUUGAAAAGAUAUUUAUUAAUAUUUAUUGUAAAUUAAUUGCAACUUAAGUUCAAAACCUGUUAAUUGAUUUAUAAUUUGAUAAAUUUGUUGAUCAAAUGCGAGUAUAACUCAAAAGAGUCACCAAAACUUCAAAUCGGACGACUCAUUAAAUUAAAUUUUCCUCAAGUUUUCAAAAUCUAAUAACAAAGUCAAAGAUAAUACCAGAUGUUGGAAGACAUGACAACGCAGACCCGAUCACAGACCAGAUGUUUUUCACCUGUUUUUCCAAAAGACGAAUCAAAUUGCAAGAAAUUAAAGAUAGACAGACAUUCAGAUUGUAAAACAGUCAGCAAUAAGAAGAAUGUCAAACAAAAUGACAUCAAAGAGGAAGACAAUUCUGGCGAAGGUCUGGACAGUCCGGCAUUUCGUCUGAGACCUCGAAGAAGUACACCGAAGCCAACGCCCUCAUCUCACGGCAAACGAUUUUCACCGUUUACUGCAAUGAUGGAGAGGUUGAAACAUUUGAAGGACGGAUCAGAUGUUAAACGAAAAUUAUUAUUCAACAAACAAAAGGUCUAUCCGUCGACUUUUAAUUCUGACGAAAAUGUGCCACUAAUACGAGUAAUACCUCCUCGUUCACCGACAUCGUCAGUAAAGGAAGAUAUAUUUGUGUCACCAUUUGUACCGAAAAUAUCGACAAAAGAGCUCGAAAUGGACAAAGAGUACGGCGUUAACUACAUUUCGCUAAAGAUUAUCAUGAAAGAGGACCUGGACUUGAAUGGCGAGAAGUUGGUCAAACUCAUAGCCACCGGUGCCAACAUUGAGGAGACCUCUCAGGCUUCCACUUCUAAGUCGAUAGAAACUGUUGUUUACGAACCAAAGAUAUCCAUCUAUUUGUUUGGCACUUAUGUCAACUGUAGAGCAGAGAAGGAUAAAAUUAUCAAUAUUGUUAAGUUUAAGACAAAAUCACAACCACUUGUAGAUAGUGAUCAACCAAUUGGAGGCGAUUUUGACUUUGCAAUUGUUGUUCAGUCUUCUCCUGAAGAAAAUUGGAUACCAUUUGUGUCUAUAACUAACACAUGGAAACCACCUGAAGAUCCGCGAGAACUAAACAAGACUCUGUUUAUUAAGGCUCCCGAUGGACGACGACCUGAGUUCAGCUCAUAUACGAGCAAGAAAUAGAUGACAAACAAGAAAUAGUGAAUAGUUUUUUGUUACAUAUUAUAUAUAAAUAACUCAAAAUUUUUAGAUUUAAAAUAAUUUAAAUUACCGUAUCUUUUGUUUGUUUG